AUGGAGAAUGUUUGCAUGAAUGAUGCGAGUGAACCUGAGUUUGGGAUGUUAUUCAACUCAGAACAGGAUGCAUACGAUUAUUACAAUAGUUAUGGACGGGCAAUGGGGUUUAGUGUUAGGAGACACUUUGUGAAUAAAAGCAAGAAAGACAACACGACUAUAACAUCUAGGGGAUUUGUCUGUUCAAAAGCUGGUUGUCGGUUGAGUGACAAGCGAGACAUCAAUAUUGUUAACCCUCGAGCUGAGACAAGAACAAAUUGCGAGGCACGAAUGAACAUAUAUUUGGUUGAUGAGGGAAAAUACAAGUGCCGUGACUUUGUGAGAGAACAUAAUCAUGAGCUUCAUACUACAUCAACAGUUCAUAUGAUGCGUUCACAAAGGAAUAUGUUAGACAUACAUAGGUAUGAAAUUGAUUUGGCAGAUGACUCGGGAAUCAGGCCUAGAUCCACAGUUGAGUUGAUGGGUAGGCAUGCUGGUGGGAUUGAAAACCUAAGCUAUAUGACUCAAGAUGUUAGGAAUUAUCUUCGCACUAAAAGACAACGUGCCUUAACAUAUGGUGAAGCAGGUAGUUUGAUGAAGUACUUUGUUACCCAAACUAUGAACAACCCAUCUUUCACAUACUCAUUUCAGCUGGAUAGUGAAGAACAAAUAACUAACAUAUUUUGGGCUGAUCCAAAGAUGAUCAUUGACUACACACAAUUUGGAGAUGUAGUCAGCUUUGACACUACAUUUCGCACCAACAAAGAGUGUAGGCCGUUUGGGUUGUGUGCUGGAUUCAAUCAUCAUAGAGGGUGCACCGUAUUCAGGGCUGCACUUUUAUAUGAUGAGACAGUGGAAUCUUUCAAAUGGUUGUUUGAGAAUGGCAUUACGCAUCUGGGUCAUAUGAUGAAGGAUGGCUCUCAUUUUCUUACAAAUUUAAAGAAGUGCAUAUACGAAUACGAUGUGGAAGAUGAAUUCGAGACAGCAUGGUUUAAUUUGUUGGACGAGUAUGAUGUUAAGAAUAAUGAAUGGUUGCAGCGCAUAUAUGGGCUUAAAAGUCAAUGGGCGAGGUGUUAUAUGAAAAACACAUUCACAAUAGGCAUUCGAAGUACACAGCUCAGUGAGAGUCUCAACAGUGACUUGAAGGACUAUUUGAAGUCAACUUUGGAUGUUGUGCAAUUUUUUAAACACUUUGAGAGAGUUCUUAACCAGAAGCAUGGUAAUGAAUUAAAAGCAGAAUUUGAUGCACGGAACAAGAUGCCACGACUUGCAAAUUCAACUUGCAAAUUCAAUUUAUUUCAAGAGGAAUACAAUUGGAUGACUGUUUGCACCAUUAUAAGUCGAACUGAUGGGAAUCCCUACAUUUAUUUUCGGGUUGGGAUUUAUGAAGCAGACUAUAUAAAGCGUAUUCCUGAAUACUAUAUUUUGAAGAGAUGGACACGGGGAGCAACAAAUAUGGUGGUCAAUGACAGUAGGGGGAAAGAAGUUGAACAAGAUGUCAACUUGGACUCAGCAGAAGCUUCAAAUACAGUUGAGGGAUACGAGUUGGUGAAGGAUACUGCGAAUGAAUUAAGGUUGAAGCUUGGUGAUAUUAGAAACCCAGUUGAUUGCCUUGAUAUGCCAAUAUUGACUGAUUUCUCAAAUGACAUAUACGAUGAAUUACGUUUGAAGCAUAAAGAGAAAAGUAAAAGAGGUGGUAGACGGUUAAAGAGUUGGGUUGAAAAACAAGGAAAAUGA